CAUUCUUAUAAGUUUUCCUCCUGUUAAUAAUUCAUUCACUUUUCUUUCCCGUUAUUCAAGUUGUUUCUCGGUAUCAUUCGUCCCCUCGUAGGAUCAAGGGUGUUGGGUGACCUGUGUUCCCUGAAUCAGAACUAAUUUUCACACAGACUUCAUCUGAAUAUGUAUGUUGAUGGACAUCCAUGUACAAUCUACACCAAGGAAGAUGGAAGAAUGUAGGAUUUGUCAUGACGGUGAUGAAGAUUCAAACAUGGAGAUUCCCUGUUCUUGCCGUGGAACCCUCCAGUAUGCCCAUCGCAAAUGUGUACAGAGGUGGUGCAAUGAGAAGGGGGACACUGUCUGUGAAAUUUGCCGCCAGAAUUUUAGGCCAGAUUAUACAGCACCAGCUCCUCUGUUUGGCGGAUUUCCAAUGAACAUGAGAGGAAACUGGGAGAUUUCCAUGAAUAGCCUUGAUUAUCCUCAAUUUGUUGCAUUGGCUUCUGCAGACCACAAUUUUCUUGAUUAUGACUUUGAUGAGUAUUCAGUAUUUUAUCCAACAAGUUUGAUAUGCUGCCGCAUUGUUGCCAUAAUGUUUGUGCUUCUUCUGAUGUUACGUACAAUCCUGCCACUUAUCCUUAGUGUUGCUGGAGAUAAUUCGAUAACAUUGAUCAUGUUAUCAGUGUUGAAAACUAUCGGAAUCGUACUGGCGGUCUAUGUAUUGGCGAAAGUUUUUCUUGCUAUACGACGUCGGAGGCAUCAACAGGAUCUUCAUCACUCUCAGAUUACCCCAUCAGAUGAGGAAACUGAGUUGCCGUUACAACAGCAUCCGCAUUCUCGGAUUGCUCCAUUAGAUGAUGAGAAUGAACUAUCACUACAGCCACCUCAGCCACAUUUUAUACAUGUCCAAUGAAUCCUUAAUUAGCUUAAAAGACUAGAAUCUCAACACCAGGCACUGCAACUGGUGAUUCUCUAUUAUUGUUAAUCAGCUCGCUGCUCCAUGAUGGAGUGUUCUUCUGUUGAGAUUUGAGCAUAAGAUAGAUGGUUCAGCAAAUUCAUUGUCGCCAGACGAAUUAAUGCAAAGCUGCAAAAGGAACUCAAAUGAUCAGGCGUAACAGUAUCUGCUUUUGAGGCAUUUCUAGCUCGCUAGUAUAUCUUGUACUCCAUCUUACAUCAGAUUUACUUUUAAUAUUAUUACAAGAGAAAAUGACUUGUA